ACCAUCCUUGGCAUGUCUUAAGCGCCGAACUGAACAGUUCGAUAUAGACUAAUGAAGGGACAAGAACAACGAUAGAUGCACUUUGACAAAGAAUGACGCAAGAUCAAGACUGUCCGUGACAAAGCAUUGUUUUGGAGAAGGCUUGAUACCUGCUGUGUGCAGUGAGUGAGUGACUCCCCAGACCGCAGUCAUGCAUCCCUGGGGCCGAGAGGCAGAGAGCUCCCUCCAGGACCUGCUGGGUUACUUCACCCGCUGCCUUCAUCAUGGGGAGUGGGAGCUGGCUGCGGCCUGUGUUCCCCAGCUGGCUGCCUCCUCUGGAGGGCUCUCUUCUUCUCCUUCUGGAGAACUCUCUUCUUCUUCAUCUUCCGGAGGACUCUCAGAACAGCUGCGGGAUAUAGUCAAGGCCAUCGUCUGCCAUCCCUACCUCCUGGCAUGGGAGACAAUGGGCAGUCCUCACCGGCUGGCUUGGCUUUGGCUCCAGGUUUUGGAGACAUGGACAAAAGAUCAGGUUCCAGUGAAGAUCAGGGCAGAGCUGGAGUUCCUGCUGCUGCUGGAGGAGCUGGUAGACGACGUUCCAGACGCCACUCUCAAGGAAUUGCACGCAGCGUUCUUAGACAGCCAGUCGGAGAGAAAGGGACCCGAGGCGUCAGGGACAGGGUGUGGUCUGGGCGCUGGGGUGGUAUCAUGCCUGGAGGCCUUACUGGAGAGGAAGAGGCCCAGACUGGCCCGGGCCCUCGCCCUGGCCCUCCAGGGGCCUCUGGGAGAGGCCCGGGUCCACGGGGACCCCUCCUUGCAGCACACCUUCAUCCACUACGUGACAGCCAGAGUUGGGAAGCCCGAGACGAGAGAGGGCUGGGCGGAAGAGGUCUGCUCCCUGCUGGCUCUGAUGCCGACCCCCUCGGAGCAGGGAGGCGGGGCCCAGAUGGAGGCGCUGUGCGAGGCCCUCUGGGCGGCCAGGCACGGACCCCUGCGCGAGGAGCGGGUCCUCAGCUCGCUGUUCAGGCCGCACAGCCACAGCGCCCUCUCCCUCUACUGCUCCACUGCCCUCCGGCUGCAGCGAGACCGCCUGCUCCGCGACGCGCCCGCCACACACGAGGACCUUCCUGAAGCAGAGAAGCUCCUCCUCAGCUUAUGUUGCCACGGUGAUCGUCCAUCAGCAUGGAAAACGAUUUAUUUUGAGUGUCUAAGCAGCGGCAAGCACUUCCUGGAGCAAGUGUUGGUCACAGCUCUGGACUUGGUCCGACGAGAGGACUUCCCCAGGCUGCAGGACCUGCUGAGGGGGGAGUUCCAGCCCCUGUCCCGCCUACUACUGCUGCUGGCCUGGACACAGUGCCAGAGUCUGGACUCAGCUCACACCUUGCUCUCCAUCCUCCACCACAACCAGGCCCUGGCCAGCGACUCUGUCCUGAGGGAGUUUGCAGACGUGCUGUCCUCCCAGCUCAGGGUCCUCCAGUGGUGUGUCCUGAACAACCCAGGGAUCUCCCACGACGCCGUGCUCUCCCAGCUGCACUCGCUGGACACCCGCUCCGCCCUGCACGUCCUCCUGUCCCUGACCCCCCUGGCCCGCUACGAGGAGCGCAGGGUCCUGGAGCUGCUGCAGCCCGCGCCCUCGGGAGCAGAGGAAACGGACACCUUGGUUGCCCCCAGACUGGCCGCCCAGAGGAACGUCGUUCUGUUCCAGGGGUUCUGCGCCAUGAAGUACGCCCUGUAUGCCCUCUGUGUGAACGCUCACAGGCCCAGCACCUGUUUGGAUUGCAAGGGCUCGUCUCAGUUCCCCGAGUCAACCGAGGGCCAACGCCAGCCCUCAGCUCCCUCAGAAGGCUGUUUGGCACAGUUCCAGCACUUUUUGUCUGAGUGCCAGCUUUACCUGGAGGCCCUGCCUGCCAUGUUCCGCCUGGAGGUCCUGGAGAACAUCUUCUCCCUCCUCUUCCUCUCCAGCACCGACUUCACUCCCCAGAACCAGAAGGAGACGCCUACAGGGCCUGGCGUGCCAGCAGAAGGUUUGCAAGCUCUGGGGAGCAAGGAAGUGGGGAAACAUGGCACUGGAGGAACCAAAACCAAAAUGGCCGCCGAGGAGGGAGACUCCAGGGAAAGGUGGGAGCCAGACUUCCCGUCUGCGGCCCAGCACGGCUGCCUGGACCUGGGCCACUUGACCCGGGGUUGCGCAGGCUUCCUGGUCGACGUGCCAGCGAUGGAGGGUUUCCUGAAGCUGCUGCGGGAGGGGCUGGAGGGUGUAUGUGUUUUGGACCAGCGGGCGGGCCAGGAGCAGGCCGAGGUGGCGGAGGGCCUGGGCUGCUCGGUGACGGCCGACACGUUCGCAGCCCGUCUGCAGAGACUCUCCAAGCACACGGCCGAGGCCCAGUGGAGGCUACAGAUCAUCACCAGCAACCAGACCGCUGGCAGGGGUCAUGAAGGUGCGUGUGUGUGUGACGAGGCCCUGUUGUCGUCCCCAGCCCCAGACAGGCCCCCCCAUGCCAAGGCUGGCCCGCGGCCUGCCCCCCUUGUGAGGCAGGGCAGCAGCAGCUCCUCCCUGAGGAGGCGAAGGGGGCCCGGGAGGCCCCCGUCCUCCACACAGCACCUCAACGGGGAGCUGAGCCCCAGCACCUCAGACGGCUGUGUGGCCGGGCCGGGGGGCGUGGAGAAGGAGGAGCGGGUGUGUAGUGGCGCCCACAGCUGGCUGGUCCCUGCCAUGCUGUCCCCCCCUGAGUCUCUGCUCGUCUCCUGCAUCCGCCGUGGAAACUUCAUGGAGGCCCAUGAGGUGGCCACCAUGUUCGCCCUGGAGGGGUCGUCCUGCUGCGGUGAGCUGGUCUUCAUGGAGCGCUACAGGGAGGUGCUGGUGGAGCUGGGCCGCGUGGAGCAGAAGAUCGAGACCCAGUCGCUGUCGUCCUCGUCCUCCUCGUCGGAGGGGCUGGGAGUGGUGGGGGCCGCAGGAAGUGGGAGGAGCCGCCUGGGGAGCAGUGGGCGCUCCACCUUGCAGGCCAUCGGCAGCGCGGCUGCAGCCGGCAUGGCCUUCUACUCCAUCUCAGACGUGGGUGAGCGUCUGCUCAGCACCACGGCCCACCCAGUCCCCUGCCUGGAGGAGGGCUACUGGCUGGGCCUGCCCCCGGGGCCCUGCCCCCGCCUGCUGCCCCUGCUGGAGGAGCUCAGCCCCCCAGCCAUGGCUGCCUUCGACCUGGCCUGCUGCCACUGCCAGCUCUGGAAAACCUCCCGCCAGCUGCUGGACACGGCUGAGAGGAGGCUGGGCUUCAGCCUAGAGGCCCGAGGGCUGAGAGUGGAUCCCAGAGUGCCUCACCCUGAGGGCGUCCGGGGCUUCCCCAUGGUCCUGCAGCAGUUCAGCAAGAUCCUGAAUCACGCAGCCAGCAACAAGGGCCCAGCUUUGACAGAAGGUUCCGGAGAAGAGCAGGUGGUGGCGGGGCCGUUCGGCUGCUCCAUCCAGGAGGCUCUGCUGAGCUGCCACCCGGUCCUGAGUGAGGAGGGCAUGGCGGCCUGGCUCGGCCUCUCCCAGCGCCUGGAGCUCACCCUGCCUCCCCUUGCCUCGGCCACCGACGCCCCAGCGGAGGCCCGUGUGGGCGGGGCCGUGCUGGCGGCGCUGGUGGAGCAGGCCGGCCUGAAGCCCUUGGAGCUGGACGCCCACCCGGUCCGCACCGCCAUGAAGCAGCUGCUCCGCUCCCUGGACCAGCUCUGCCCCUUCGAGCCCGACGGCGUGCCUGCCAGGCCCGACUACAUGCGCAGCUUCCUGGACUACGUCAACGUGCUGACGUCCGUGCUGGUGCGCAGCCUGGGCUCCGAGGACCAGAGCGUGGAGGUGAAGCUGGGGAACCCCCUCCUGGUUCUCCUGCAGGCUCCCUCCCAGCUGCUGUCUCACCUGCUGUUUGAGAGGCAGGUCUCCCCUGACAGGCUGCUGUCUCUGCUGCAGCAGGAGGGCCUUCGUCUGAGCGUCCAGCAGGUGGUGCUGGAGCGCUGCUGUGAGGCCCUGCCCGUCUGGUCUUGGGGCCCCGGGGCCGGAGGGGAGACUGGGGAGGGCGGCCAGGGCGACAGGGCCGUGUUCGGGACGGCCAGCCUGGAGGAGCUCCUCCAGCAGCACGCCCAGGAGCACCUGACCACGCUGGGCCUGGCUGAGGCCCCGUCAGACGCCAGCUCUGGGUCGGAGUCCUCGCCAGAGGAGAUCACAGCCUCCCCUACCAGCCUGUCCUCCUCCCCACCCCUCUCCUCCACUCCAGCCCCCUCCUCCUCCUCGUUCCUCCUCACGCCGUCCUCCCUGUCCUUCCUGAAGUCCCGCUCCCCUCUCCUGGCUGCGCUGGCGUGCCUGAGCGCCAGCCGGGGCCGUGGGACGGCCCGGGCACCGCCGACAGGCUGGUCCGGCUUCUCCUCCUACUUCAGCGGGCGCAAAGAGGUGGGGCUGGAUGCCGAGCAGAUCUCCCGGGAAGCGGACAGCCUGCUGAGAGAGUUCCCCAUCCUGCGGGCCUACCUCCAGACCAUGGCCCAGCCUGUGCUGGGGGAGCUGGCCGUGGGGGAGGAGGCGGGGCUGGGAGCCACCCUCUGUGGGAAGCCCCUGGCGGGCCUGCUGCUGUCGGGGCUCCAGCCGGGCGCGGCGCAGGCGGUGGCGGCCCAGGCCUUCCAGCAGGCUCUGUCUUCGGGGGAGCUGGGCCGGGCCCUCAGCCUGCUGGAGCUGUACAGGCUGGACGUCCAGGAGGGGGCGCUGAGGGACCGCCUGCUGGCCUGUGCCGCACUGGAGGACGGGGCUGGUGGCGUGGUGCAGCUGCUCCGUGUGCAGGACCCUGGUCUGAGGGGCCGUGUGGCCCUGCAGGGCCUCCAGCUGUGGCCCCUGGACGGCUGCCUGGACCUGCUGGAGUUCUGCCUGAACGAGCCCCACCUGCCCCCGGCCCUGAGGAAAGACCUGGAGCUCCGCAAGAGCGAGCUGGACGUCUAUCAUUUGAUGUUGAACCUGCAGCCCCCAUUGCCAUGGGCAACGUGGCAGCAAGUGAGGUCAUCAUCGAAACAGGACCCUGAAUCUGUGCUGGCUAUGAUGCUGGCAGCCAGGGAGUUCUCCCUGUGUGACCGCUGGCUGCAGAUGUACUCGGGGUCGGAGCAGCUGACCCUGCAGCUAAGGACAGAACACCUGCUGCACCUGCUGGAGCAGGGCCACCCACAGCAGGCCUGCCAGCUCCUCGAGGGCCUGUCCGACACCCUGGGCCUGGAGGUGUGUGAGAGAGCCCUGGACCGACGCCCCGGAUUGGCUGCUGGUCACUUCCUGUCCGACUACCUGACGCUACACUUCCAGAGCCAAGUGUCCCCGGCCCGCCAGCGCCACAUUCACGCCCUGCACCUGGGCUCCAAGGUGCUGCUGACCAUGCCCCAGUCGGCCAGGCAGGACUACUUCCACCUGCUGGCGGAGCCCCUGCUCAUGCUGGAGCAGCUGCUGAUGAACCUGAAGGUGGACUGGGUCCAGCUGGCGCUCCGCACCCUCCGCCCCCCUCUGCUGGGCCAGGAGGCGGGCCUGGGCCCCGCGGACGUGGACCGGCUCCUGGACCAGUACGCCUGCAAGGCUCUGGACUUCCCCUACGCCCCCCGAGAGAGGUCACGCUCAGACUCAGUCAUCAGCCUGCAGGAGGCCAUGUCCCAGUGUCCUGCCCUGGACAGCUGCCCCCCCUCCCCCCGGAGAGAGUCCCCCACCUCCUCCACAGGCAGCACACCCAUACACACGCCCUCCUCCUCCGACCGAGUCAAGGAGCAGGGCUCCGCCGGCAGGAGGCAGCGCUCCCCAGCCCAGUUCCAGCCCCCCGACAAGCCUCCCGCCCGCCGAGACUGGGUCCCCGACCCCCAGCAGCACGUCUGCAUGGUGUGCCAGCGUGAGAGGUUCACCAUGUUUAACCGGCGGCACCAUUGUCGCAGGUGUGGCCGCCUGGUGUGCCAGGCGUGCUCCGGGCGCAGGAUGCCCGUGGAGGGGUGCACGGAGGAGGACGUGCGAGUGUGCGACCAGUGUUACUCCUUCUCCCACCCACAUUUGGAGGAGGAGCUGGAGGAGGCUGAAGCAGUAACAGGCAGCCCCGUGUCUCCAGAGGGGGGCGCCGAGGAGAGGCUGCAGCUGCCCGAGGUCCACCACAGAAUGUUCCGCCUCAGCACCGACCCUGCAGAGAACCUGCAGCUGCAUAGCGAGUUCUACUAUGAGCAGGCUCCCAGCGCGUCCCUGUGUGUGGCCAUCCUCUCCCUCCACAGCGACCAGAUGGCUUGCGGCCACCAGCUGAUCGCUCACUGCCGCUCCCUGUCCCGCCAGCUGACCAGCCCCGAGGUGGACGCCCGCCUGCUCACGGACAUCAUGCGCCAGCUGAUCUUCAGCGCCAAGCUCAUGUUCGUCACCGUGGGACGCAGCCAGGAUCUGGCCCUCUGCGACAGCUACAUCGGUAAAGUGGACGUGCUGAAGAUCCUGGUGGCGGCGAACUACAAGGACAUCCCCUCGCUGGACGACAUCCUCGAGCCCUCCGCCGUCACGCGCCUGCGCAACCAGCUGCUGGAGGCUGAGCACUACCGGCUCGCUGUAGAGGUGUCCACUAAGAGCGGCCUGGACCCUGGGGGCGUGUGGCACGCGUGGGGCAUGGCCUCCCUGAAGGCUGGCCAGCUCUCCGGGGCCCGGGAGAAGUUCUCCCGCUGCCUGAAGGUGCCCGUGGACCGAAACCAGCUGACCCUGGGCGCCCGCCUGCUGCAGGACAUCGUCCAGCACCUGGAGGCCACCGUGCGACCCGCUCUGACCAUGCCCCCCAGCGAGGACAUCCUGGCGUCCCUGCGGGAGCUGGAGGAGGCUCUGGCUGAGCCGGGGCCCCUGGAGUGCCCAGAGAGCCCGUCCCAGCUCAGCCCCCUGCUGCAGGAGAGCCUGCACUACCUGCUGAGCUACGGCACCCACCUGGCCCUCAUCAGCUUCUACAUGCGCCACGGUCACAUGAGGGAGGCCCUGGCUCACCUGCUCCUCAAGCAGUGUCCAGAGGAGGUGUUCCUGGAGGGGAUCCUGCAGCCCAGUCUGGAGCGCGGCCAGCUGGGGGCGCUGCAGGGCCUGCUGGAGGGGCUGGACCCGGGCCAGGAGGCGUGCGGACGCUACCUCAUGGCCUCCUGCCAGCUGCUGCAGAGACGAGGGCACUUCCACACCCUGUACCAGCUGCAGCAGUUCAUGAUGGACCACGUGCGGGCAGCCAUGACGUGUAUCUGCUUCUUCACCCGUGGGGCCCAGUCCUACCUGCAGCUGGGCGAGCAGCAGCGCUGGCUGGUCCGGGCCAAGGAGCACCUGAAGACCUUCCUGCAGGAGCAGCAGGCCCGCGGGGCCGGCCGCAGGAAGUCCACCCUCAACUCCUUCAGGAAGAAGAUGUCCUCCAGCGACGUGUCCAGACACAUGAACACCAUUGAGCUCCAGCUGGAGGUGACCAGGUUCCUGCACCGCUGUGAGAACGCGUCCCAGACCGCUGCCCUCCAGGCCGGCGCCUCCGCCAGCCCCCCCGGGGCCCCAUCCACCCUGUUUGGAGGCAGCACCAUGAAGAUUGACGUGGCCUGCAAGGUGAUGCUUGGUGGGAAGAAUAUCGAGGAAGGAUUCGGCAUUGCAUACAGAGUCAUACAGGACUUCCAGCUGGAUGCGCUUGCGGUGUACGUGCGUGCGGGCCAGAGGCUGGUGCGCCAGCGACAGUACGGGGCAGUGCGACAGCUGCUGAAGUGCGUCGGGGAGUCGGGCACGGCCACCAAGAGCGACUGUGACGCCAUCGUGCUGGGUUGUGUCUCCAUCGCCAACAAGGGGCCCACAGACGCUAAAGAGUUGGAAAGUCUCAUUCUGGAAACGAAAAGCCCAGAGAACAAGAUCAAGGCCUACCUGCAGUGCAGUAAGCUGCGCUCCGCCUACCUGCAGGCGGUGAAGCUGGAGGCGUCGCGGGCCAGCCCCCUGGUGCAGGAGGUUCUCCAGGCCUCGGAGGGUGCCGGAGACUCCGUCAUGCAGGGCAUCUGUUGCCAGUGGCUGGCGGAACACCAGGACAAGACCCCCAAGCAGCGGCCUAGCCGGCCCAACGCCAGGUAACGCCGUGGCGGAGACUGCUGGUCGAACCAGGAGGAACCAGGUGGAACCUGAUGGGAUCAGGGGAAACUGACGCGUGCACAUACCAUACAGCAGCUUUAGAAGUGCCCUGGGGGGGGGGGGUCUCCUUGGAGGGUCUGUGCUGGGGAGGGUUCCUCACUCUGGCUGAGACAGGCCAUGUGUCUCUCUCUCCUGGUGAAGUGGCUGAGUGCUGACUGGGCCCAGGGACCCUGGCUCUCCACACCCACUUGCUGGCCCUUCUGUAGACUGUUUGAACUGCACAGAACCGUACAUGUCGGACGGGCCCAUUGCAGGCUGACUGUGGAACUGUGUUUUCUGUUCUACCUCAGCGAAAAGGGAUUCCUGUCAGUAACCGCGAAGCCUCUUAAUAUACUGUUUGAAACUUGGUACAACGUUUAACCCUUUUGUCUGUCUUUAGCUUCCUGUGUGUCGGUCAGUUACACAUAUUAUGGACUGCCAGGUUAGAGAAAUUAAGAAUUUUUCUGUUGAUAGGGAGAAUUUAUAUGAAUCCUCAGGCCUUUUGAGGGUUGGAUGUGAGUGAGACGAAUGGUUUCUGUUUGACAUAAUGGAAGUGUUACUGUUUACUGUUGAGCUUUACCUGCCAAAACGUCUGCCCCUUUACACCAGUCUACCCUCUACAUCAUCCAGUCCCUCUACACUGGUCAGUCUACCCCUCCAGCCCCUCUAUACCAGUCAGUCUACCCUCUACAUCAUCCAGCCCUUCUAUACCAGUCAGUCUACCCUCUACAUCAUCCAGCCCCUCUAUACCAGUCAGUCUACCUCUACAUCAUCCAGCCCCUCUAUACCAGUCAGUCUACCCUCUACAUCAUCCAGCCCCUCUAUACCAGUCAGUCUACCCUCUACAUCAUCCAGCCCCUCUAUACCAGUCAGUCUACCCUCUACAUCAUCCAGCCCCUCUAUACCAGUCAGUCUACCCUCUACAUCAUCCAGCCCCUCUAUACCAGUCAGUCUACCCUCUACAUCAUCCAGCCCCUCUAUACCAGUCAGUAUACCCUCGAAAGGGAAACUAGAAAACUCCAUGGACAUUUAGCACAAGGAGGAGGACCUUUUCCAUAGAGAAAAUCAAGCAUUUACAAGCAAAGAGUUGGAUACAGAAAAAGGGAUCUGACUAUCAGGAGGUAUCAGAUAUCUAGAGGUCAUCAGACUGUAUGCACAUGAUGAAGCCCCGCUGAGACUCGUCCAUGGUCAGUAUUAUCAGUUGCGUGAUGCCACGUCUGUGUGGCGUUUGGAUGUUACGAGAGUUCUGGUGUUUCAGCUUAUGUGGAUGUUCUUUGUGUUUUGAUACGGUGGCUCAGCCUCCCCUUCAGAUCAAUGGUGCCAUCAUGUGUACAGUACGUUGCUCUGGACUCGCCCAUUGUGUUGCCUUGAAACAAUCAACGAAGAUGUCAAAAAGGGAUUACAUACCUCCGUAUUCUAACCAUGGUCAAUUUAACAACAUGCAUACUUGUCGUGUUUUUAUCUGUCUGCGUAUCCAUUUUCUUUUCUUUUUUACAACAUUGCACAUUGUUUCACUACCUAUCUUCACCCAGAAUGGCACUUGGCAUGUUUCUUCUCAA